CCUGGUCCUACCUCGCCAGGGAUUGCUAUAGAUGUGUACUUGGAACCGUUAGUAGAAGAACUAAGGGAGUUAUGGGAUGUUGGAGUACAAGCAUACGAUGCAUCUUCAAAAGAAGUAUUCCAAUUGCGUGCAGCAUUGAUGUGGACCAUAAAUGAUUUUCCUGCAUACGCAGAUUUGUCGGGUUGGAGUACCAAAGGUGAGUUGGCGUGUCCUUCUUAUGCCGUGAAGACCGAGUCUCGAUAUUUGAGAAAUGGUCGCAAAUUCUGUUACAUGGGACAUCGGCGAUGGUUGGAUGUUGACCACGAUUUCCGCAAAGAUGGUAUGUCAUUUGAUGGAUCUAUUGAUACUUGAUUGGCUCCUGAACCACCAGUCACAUCUGACAUUAUUGUGGAAACUGAACAUUUACUUGGACGUUGUCUGGGUACGAAAUGUCAGCUUGCUUACAAAAAAAGGAAGAGAAGGGAGGCAGACCAGAGUGGUUGGAAGAAAAGGAGUAUAUUUUUUACCUUGCCUUAUUGGGAGGAUCACAAGUUGCGACACAAUCUUGAUGUGAUGCAUAUAGAGAAGAAUGUGAUGGACAAUAUACUAAGCACACUGUUGAACUUGAAGGAUAAAACGAAGGAUAAUUACAAGGCACGCCUUGACUUGGCGGACAUGGGGAUAAGGAGUGAACUCCACCUACAACGAAAAAGUGAUGACCAGUAUACCAUACCGGCUGCAUGUUUUCAUAUGACUUCAUCGGAGAUAGAUGGUUUCUUGCAAGUUUUGAAGGAUGUAACAGUGCCCGAUGGGUACGCUUCCAAUAUCUCACGGCGUGUGAAUAUGAAAGAACGCAAGAUUUCUGGUUUGAAGAGUCAUGAUAAUCACAUAUUGAUGCAGCAACUUUUUCCCAUAGCAUUACGUGGGUCUUUGCCAUUUCAUGUUAGUAGGCCUUUGAUAAAGUUAGCUUGCUUCUUUAGAGAAAUUUGUUCCAAAACCCUUACGGUUUCAGAUAUUGUGACUAGUGAGGCAGAGAUUGCAGUGACAUUGUGUGAAUUGGAAAAGAUAUUUCCUCCAUCCUUCUUUACAGUGAUGGUACAUUUGGUCAUGCACUUAGCUGCUGAAGCUAAGAUUGGUGGUCCAGUGCACUACCGUUGGAUGUAUCCCAUUGAGAGGUACCUCUCACGUCUUAAGUCUUACGUACGAAAUAGAGCUGCUCCGAAAGGGUCUAUUGCUGAAGGAUACAUAGUAGAGGAGUGCUUAACAUUCUGUUCACGGUAUAUGGAAGGAGUGGAAACUAUAUUCAAUCGACCCACCAGGAUGAUUGAGGAGUCAACGGGGGUGGUUUCGAUCAUGACAUUAAACAAUAAAGAGUGGACCCAAGCCCAUCGCUACGUUUUAUUCAAUUCUGAAAACAUCAACCGCUUUCGUGAGAUGCACAAAAGAUUGAUAGAGGAUGAACUUCGAAAAGGCCACAAUCGUAACGUUUCCGAUGCCAUUAUAUAUAAGCACCACAUGGAGAAGUUUUGUACUUGGUUUGGGGGUCACGUGAUGUCCCUCACUGGUGCUGAUAAGGAAAUGGAGGGAGUUAGUGAUACCCUUGUUGCAUUGUCCAAAUGGUCGUAUAUUUAUGUAAAGCGGUUCAAGCAUUAUGUAAUAAAUGGCUUAAAAUUUAGGAGUGUAAAUGAUGAGGCAAAUAGGAAAACGCAGAAUAGUGGAGUUAGUGUGGCUACUGAUGGGGGCAAUACUUACUAUGGUAUUUUAAGUGAUAUAAUUGAGUUGAAUUAUUCUGACAAUAUCAAACAUGUGUUAUUCAAGUGUAAAUGGGUUCAUGACCAACAUAGGAGAGGAUAUAGGACUGAUGAAUUUGGGUUUCCUAUGGUAAACUUUACACACUUCAUACAUGGUGGGGAUAAAAUGAUAGAUGAACCAUACGUCUUGGCAUCUCAAGCUACACAAGUUUUUUAUGUGGAAGAUAAAAGACACAAGGAUUGGUAUGCUGUUGUCAAAACUAAAGCUAGGGACGUGUUUGAUGCUGGUGUUGGUUCCCAACGUGAGGAGGAUGACAUAUAUAGUUUUUCUGAAAAUGUUCCCUACAAUAUAAGUAGUAAUGAGGUUGUGAGUGACAACCUUCGUUGGGCUCGGGAUGAUCUAGAGGGAAUGACAAUUGAUGCCUCCAUCAUUGCUGAAAGAGAUCUUCAUGGAGUAAACAAUGAAGAUGAGUUUAUUGACGAUGAGUUUGACAAUGAAGACGACAACAAGGAUGAGUACACCGAGGAUGAGUAGUGUAAUAAUUUAGUAGUGUAUUAUGUGUUUGGAUGUUACAGUUGUUAAUGAAAACGUAUUCAUUC